AUGACAGACAAUAAGAAACGGAAGAAGCCACCUACAAGACUGGGGAGCAAUUCCAAGCACCUCAAGGCCGAUACCGUCAAGAGAAGUCGGUCCGAACUAAUUGAAAUCACUUCCGAUAACGACUCACGAAGCGACGAAUCCGAGUACUUGGAUAAUGAGAAACAACUGACCGACGACGAGAGGCACCUACCAAGACCUCAGAAAAGAACAACCGAUGGAAAACUCAAAGCCACGGGUUCCAGCAACAUCAACCUUCCUACAGAUGAGCUCGAAGAGGAAUUGGGUGAAGACGAAGCUGGGAUGUUGAAGGAUGGGGACAUACCUGCUAAUAUCCACGUCGGGGAUACGGACCGUAUUAUCAGCAAAGGUCCAAAGCCAAAUCAUAACACAGCGACAAAGACAUCGGUCAAGCAGAAGACCGAACUUCAGGAAGGCACAUCAAAGAAGGAAGUGCCACUCAGAGCCUUCAAGCUCAUGAUACACUACGCUUUUCAAACAGUCGGCCUUAGUUCAGAAAAAUACCCAGUCGUCUUCAAAAUGGCUGUUAAGUACAUCAGCAGCACAAACUUCUUUCAGGCGAAUGUAUUCUCUGCCUGGGGAGCGCAGAAGCGUAUCAAUACAGAGGCAGAUCUCCUUCGCGCUGCAAGUGCGCGGUACCCUCACUACGUCCUGACGAUGGCGCCCGACUUGAUCCUCUGUCUGAUUGCGGCGAUCGACUUAAGACCCGAGGUCUACGGGGAGCCAAAUGGACGGGGAAUCACCAUCAUCGGUGACUUCCAUGUCUUUAACCACUUGCGGCCGGCAAUCGAGCUGGGCGAAACGAUCUCUUGGGACAAGGGAUCUCGAGGCCAGCUCCUCAUGCUUGGACGAAGAGGCGCACAGGAACCACUGCCAGUCGAUCUGCCUGUUCUCAAGCCUAGCAAGGCACAGACCAAAACCGGCAAGAAGGUCCCUGAAGCCAUUCCCGAGCCAUACCCAGCAAACGGCACCGACAUCGAACAAGUUCCAGCCGGUUUCAUGCAGCCGUAUCCAUUCCGACCGACUAUCCCAUCUGCGCCGACUACAAAGGUAAUCAUAGCAAAAGAAUGGGACCGACGAAAUUCCCAUUGGCUGGAUAAACUGAUGGACCCCGAGAGCACGAAGGAUAUUCUUGGGCCAACGAUCGAGAAGGAGGUCACAGAAGAGAUUUUCCCGCUUAUCACCAAGGCUCGCCGCAAUGUUCUCUACCGAUGGGCAAGGUCAGAAGACUUUAACCUCGACUUGAGAUUGCUUGAGGCCCCUAUCCUCUCGCAGGUAGAGGUGCGCGACAACACAAGCCAAGAGAUCCUUAACGUAGAGACCGAUACAGCCCGUCGAUCAAUCCGGGCCAUCGAGACCGCGGCUUUAAGCCUGCCAAAGGCUCACCAGAAAACAGCUGCCCUAAUCAAGCAACAUACAGACCGGCUGUUUGCUUGCCGAGAUCAAGAGAUAGACAACCAGACUCUGAGGGCACAGAGCGUAGCCAAGCGGCGAGAAUCUUCGUCUGUCACUAUGGCAAUCACAAACGCUGCUACCAAGACUCGACUUCGGUCCCGAGUCGAUCCUGCCCAAAAGGCAAGAGAUAUAAGUAGAGGCGCUUGA